AUCCGAUAACACAACUUGAUGAUUGAAUCUGUAGGACGACUUGCACGACUCUUUUCCCAUCCCCAUAUAUAAGAGUGUAGUCAAAGUCAUUUCUUAAAGCUUCACCAUUCCAGACAUUUCUGCUUUCUGGUUCCACCUCAUCACUGUUGUAACUUAUACAAAUACAUCAAUCUGAAAAAUCUGACAGAAGCAAUACAAAAUGAUUGAUAUACCAACCAAAGGAAAGAAAUUCAUUCUUGCACACCAUUUUGAUGGCUUGCCAAAACUAGAGAAUCUAAAACUGGUUGAUUUUGACAUCCCCAAACUUCAAACUGGAGAGAUCCUAGUUGAAGCACUUUUCUUUAGUGUUGAUCCUUACAUGAGACCAUACAGUGCACGGCUUCUUCAAGAAGGUUCUACUAUGAUUGGCAGUCAGGUGGCUAAGGUUAUUGCCACAAAAAAUGGUGAAUAUCCCUUGGGAACCAGAUUAGUUGGCUAUUGGGGAUGGAGCACUCAUACUGUUGUCAACCCAAGUAAUGUUGCUACUGGAAUGAUUGGAUCUUUCACCCACUUUCCAGACAUUGGAAGCCUAUCUCCAUCUCUAGGCCUUGGAGCCAUUGGAAUGCCUGGGAACACUGCUUAUUUUGGGCUUCUGGAAAUUUGUCAGCCAAAAGAAGGAGAUGUUGUAGUAGUCACGGGAGCGGCCGGCGCAGUUGGCAGUCUAGUGGGACAAAUUGCCAAGAUCAAAGGAUGCUACGUUAUUGGGUUUGCUGGAAGUGAUGACAAAGUGAAAUGGCUUGUCGAUGAGCUGGGCUUUGACAAGGCCUACAACUAUAAAACGGCAGAUUGGGAUAAAAGUUUGAAGGAAGCUGCCCCAAAAGGAGUAGAUUGCUACUUUGAUAACGUUGGAGGUUUGUUGUCAACAACGAUUCGUAAUCACAUGAAGGAUUUUGGACGUAUUUCUGUCUGCGGAUCCAUCUCAGCUUAUAACGAUAAAACACCAUCCAUGGCUCCAGUUUGCGAACCCGCUUUCGUUUUCAAACAACUGAAAAUGGAAGGAUUCCUAGUGGGUCGGUGGAUGUCCCGUUGGAUGGAAGGUUUGUCUCAAAUGACAAAAUGGAUUCAAGAGGGAAAGAUUAAAGUAAGAGAGACGUAUACAGAUGGCUUCGAAAACAUGCCUCAAGCUUUUAUUGAUAUGCUUACCGGUGUCAAUACUGGCAAAGCAAUUAUCAAGGCCUAAAAUAAGAAGCCUUCAUAUAGCUUUUCUUCUAAUUUUGAAAUAGUAGAAGCACAUUCUUACUUGUUUUGCGUAGAAAGUUUUAUUCUGGUCCAUUCUAUCAAGAUGGGCAUUGUUAUUUGAAUUUAAAAAUACAUUAUUUUGUUCCAUUA